CCGUUGUGCGGCGCCGUUUUGCGCGGCAGCUGCGCAACACAUCUGGGUCAUGGCGACGCCAAAGCGAAGUCCAAUCCUAACCUUCGUAGGUGGGGUGUCUCAAAGCAUCGAUGCAUUGGUCGAGAUCUUGGAUCAGCAUCUACAGACCUGGUCCACUGAUGAGCUGUUGACUGGGAAAAUUGGUCGAUCCACUCAGAUGCUGAAGAGCAACCUGGCACGCUUCCACCUUGAGAUCGAGCAGACCAUUGUGAGUUGUGCCAUGGAUGGCCCCGGCAGCUUUGCGUCGACCCUGUCGAUCGGACCCAAAAGCCAAGUCAACAGAGUCAGGUUUGAGAGCGAGGGCCUGAACGACACAAUACCAUCAGAUCCGCAUCCUAGGCAGGGCUUAUGGUGCCGACACACCUGUUUGAACAGCGAAGCUUCAAGACGAGAGACGUCGCAGUCGCAGGAGGAUUUGGAGGCGGAAGGCCAGGAGAUCCUGUUGCUGGAGGCAGAUAGCCGUGAACGAGGCAUUGCAGAUGAUGUGGAUCUUGAGGAGAUCGUUGCGCUCUCCGGAGCCUCUUCCUCUGGCAGCAAUAGCAACAUGCUGCAAUUGUCCAGCGAUCUCAUGGCCAUGCCCCGAAUUUCGGAAGGCGGAAGGAGUAUCAUGGCUGGCGCGUCGGCCAGCAAAAUGCCAGAGUUUUUUGGUGAUGACGUGGAAGAUGCCCCGGAAUUUGACAACUGCAUUUUGAAUCCCAACUGGACGGGCAAGAUGACCUGGGACUUUUUCGUGAUGUUUUUGGUCAUCCUGGACAGUAUCAUCCUGCCUUUCCAGUUGUCUUUCAAGCACGGGAUGCCCGAUGACACCUUCGAUGAAAUGUGGUUUUGGUUUACCACCUCGGUCUUUUUCACCGACGUGUUCUUCUCCUUCAAUACGGCUGUGGAAAACCCCUCGGAACCGGGAACAUGGGUUCAAAGCCGCCCGAGGAUUGCAUGUAUGUACCUCACGGGCUGGUUCUCUAUUGACUUCUUUAGCACCAUUCCCUACGGACGCCUCGCCACGGCCUUUGGGAGCGGCAACUCCUCGGGAGCUGUGAGGCUCUUGAAGAUGUUGAAGUUUUUGCGCAUCAUGCGGCUGAUGAGGAUGCUGCGGAUGUCCAAGUUAAGAGCAGUUUGGGAGAGGGUGGAAGUCAGAAUUGGUUCCAUUGCCAUCAUUCAGAGCAUCAUGCUCAUGAAAGUGCUUCUGUUUGUGGUGGCCAUGUGCCAUUGGAGCGCCUGUCUCUUCUGGGUCAUCGGAAGGCCAGAGAGCCUCAUGACUGACCUGUUGCCCCCGGACAGCGCAGCGGACUUUGCUGCGCUGCCACACUGGACCACGUUGAGCCGCCGGGAUGGGGCGGAUCAAGGAGAAUGGACCUUUGAGCAGAAACCUAUGGAAGAGCAGUACAUCUUUUGCUUCUAUUGGACGCUGGGGGUCAUGCGAACCAUGCCAGCAGAAGUUACUCCAGUGAACUUCCCCGAGCGUAUUUUCGUCCUGCUCUUCAUGUUCUUCGCUCUGAGUGCCUUCGCUGUUUCCGUGGCCUCCUUGACCCAGGCCUAUUUCAAGAUCUUCGAGCGUGGCAGAACCUUCAACGACGAAUACUUCUUCGUGCGCAUGUACCUCAAUCGCUUCGGAGCUCAAAAGCCGCUGGAGGCGCGGGUGAAACAGUUCUUGGCACAUCUCUUUGACAGACGGCGGAUCAUGGCAAAGGAGACGAAUCUCAUGGAAAAGCUGCCCGAGGUGCUGAAACACGAUGUGCAAAACAUGUUGGUGUGGCAUCACUUGCAGAAGUUGCAGGUGGUGAGUGAUCUUGGAAAGGGUGCCAUCCAGGAGAUUUGUGCCGCCUCCACCAUCGCGGAUCACAUGCCCGGCGUUCUGCUGUGUAGCAAGGGGGAGGUCGCUGAGUCGACCUGGCUCCUUUGUUCCGGGCGGCUUCAGAUUUUCGAUGAGACCCUUGAUCGGUGGAAGAGUUCGACAGGCAAAUAUCGUGUCACAGUGGUGGACUAUGAGACGCUGUCCUCACCCGAACCCUAUAGAUCCACGCUGACUGUUUCUACGGCUACAGUAUGUGAGCUUCUUCAGAUCAGUAAGGCAACCUUUUUGAAAUUUUCUGGGCAGCACCAGGAAAAAAUUACCAGGCAAUGGAAGAAGAAACACAACCAGUCCAACAAAAGUGUGAUCAAGGUCCAAUUCUCGGGCUUGGAGAACACGGAGGAGCAGAACAACGUUUGUGCCUCCGCCACCGCCGCCGUGCUCAUGUCGGGCCACUAGCUGCCAGGUGCGCCGUUCUUCUGACGGGAUGGAUUGGGCUCCCUUCAGCGCCUGGAAGGGAUUGAGUUUUGAAGAGUUGGGAUGUGGACAAUUCGGAAGUAUGGAUGUUUUACCCUCUGGUUAUUUAACAUAGCCAUGG